GAGAGAAAGGGGGAGGAGAGGAGGAGAGAAAAGAGGAGUGCCGGAUCAUUUCCUCUCUAUUCACUGCUCGGUCCCCUGAGCCGUCACUCCACUCGCUCUUCACUCCCUCACUCUUCUGUAACGAGCCCGUCUCCUCUUUCUUUCUGUCUGUCUUUCUGCUUUUCUCUCCCUCCUUCUUUUCACUUUUGGACAUCAAUGAGCGCGCGACUCGGAGCUCGCGGCCAGUGGAGAACUUAAGCCGGAGAGCGCGCGCUAACUAACACCGAAAAGAGCGUUUAAACAUCGCAGUGAUGCUCACUUCAGCACCUCACGUGCACCAGUGAUUCAUCAUCAUCAUCAUCAUCAUCUGUUUUAAUAUCCUGAGAAGAGAAGAGUCCGCGUGCACUCAAAGAACUUAACAAACAUGUACGCUGUAGUGCUCGCGGCAGUGUUUGGAGUGGUGGGCGUGUUCUCGGCUCAGAAAGUGUGUAACUCAGGACAGUACACCACCAGUGGAGAGUGCUGCAAACAGUGUCCACCAGGCGAAGGCGUGGUCCAGCCGUGUGGAGAGACGCAAACAGAGUGUCAGCCGUGCCUCGACAGUGAGACGUUCUCAGAGAACUUCAGCCACACGGAGAGAUGCAUGCCAUGCACAGACUGCACUGGGUUGUUACGCAUGGAGACGCCAUGCACGGAUGCCAACGACGCCACCUGUGUGUGCGACUAUGGCUACUUCAUGUCGCGCAUAACGGGGCAGUGCCAGGCGUGCACGGCGUGUCCAGUGGGCAGCGGUGUGCUCAGGCGCUGCAACCCCGAGCAGGACACCGUAUGCGAGACAUGCAUGGACGACACGUACUCAGACCAGGAGAGCGAGCUCAACCUGUGCUUGCCGUGCACCAUCUGCGAGGAUACGGAGGAGCUCCAGCACUGCACCGCUGUCAGCGACACCGUGUGCCAAGUGGACUCGAACCUUCUGAAUACUUCAAGCACGCCGCUGUCUUCUCUGGAGCCGUCAGAGCUUCCGUUCGACUUCACCAACUUUCCACCGGAAGGGCUACCAGAAUCCACAGAGAGCAUGCCAACCACCGGCCCUGAACCCAAGAAACUGGGCCUGGGCUUGGGUGAAAAUCUCAUUCCCCUGUACGCCUCCAUUGUACCUGCUGUGCUGCUCGGCCUCGUCGCCUUCAUUGUCAUCAAAAGGUGGAAGAGCUGCAAACACAACAAACAAGAAGGUAGUAAUCGAUCAGGUAUGGAGAACCCGAGCCAGACGCCGUCGCCUGAGGGAGAAAAGCUGCACAGUGACAGUGGUAUCUCUGUAGAUAGCCAGAGUUUACAGGAGGGACAAGGCCUGCCACACACAGUGGUGAAGAUCGAUGGAGGCCAGAGUUUGCCCCUGCAUGCUCAUGAAGAGCUGGAGAAGCUCCUGGACGAUGAGGGACCACUGGAAAACGACUGGUCCAGCCUGGCUGGUUUGCUCGGGUACGAAGAAGAGCGCAUCGCCUCUUUCGGCCAGGAGGAGAGGCCAGUCCGAGCGCUGCUGAGUGACUGGGCGAGCCGUGACUCUGCCAGUGUUGACGUGCUGUGCGCUGCACUGAGGAAGAUCAACCGGGAAGAUCUCGCUCAGAGCAUCAUGCCCAAGUCCACGGCUACCUCCGUCGUGUGAGGAAACGCACACUUCUGCUCAUCAAGCCAUAGCCCCUGCUUACACAACACAACCACACGCUACACUAGUGUAUUACAUGGUCCAGUCAUGCUCAUUUCAAAUGUUAAUGCCACCAAGCCUAAACGUCAGGUUGUCAGGUUUCGCAUGUACCGUUCCUUUAGAACCAGCACGCCAACAUGCAUCGUUAGCACCACCCAAGCCUCUGCGUUCACACAGCAAUGAUGCACCAAAUUGAAUCAUUUCACAGUUUACAGUGAUCAAGAAUGUUUAACAUGAGACUUAAUGAGAAUGAGAACGCUUUUUUUCUGUUUAUUUCUGGCGCAUACCCAAAAUGGCCUAGUCGUAAUUAUCACAUUAAUCCCUGUGAAUUUGGUUUAAUUUUACAAUAUGGCUUCCAACCUCAUUAUUCAGCAGCUCUAAAAUAGCAAUUGAUGCAGCGCAUCCUAUUAUUUUGCAUUUUAAUUUGUUAUACUGCACACACAACAUAUGAAGACACAGCAUACCAAAUUGAAGUGAUGAAAUCGCAGUUGAAAUCGAAAUAUAAUUCAGUAAGUUCUCUUGUAAAGUAAACGCGCCCAUUGUCAAAAGGAUAAACUAAAAAAGGAUGCAUACGUGUACAGUGUAUUUUAUCCAUCAAAACAAUUUCGCUCCUCGAGAUAAGCUUCGGAUUAAGAUGAGCUUCUUUCAAUCUCGAUACUAUUACCAAAGUGCACAAUUUCGCUAUUAGAUCCUCACUACACACGCUUAACUCUAAAUAUGGCUCUCAGUGAUUAGUUAACAGUAAAGGAUUUCAAGGUUAAGCAAAAGCCUGGUGCUACAACGGUGAGUGAUUGGCGAUUUGGAUAAUAUCAGACUGAAAAACCAAAACAAGCUGUGUGAACGCAGGGUGAUUCCGUGCUUCGUCUUCUGUUUGUGAAUCCACUCAGACAAAGCUUCAGGACAUGAAUCAGUCUAUCCAAUCCUGUCUGUACUGUAAUGCAGUUAUAAUCUUUACCUCCGGUACACACGCUUCAGGUAAUCAAAGUUCAAUCGAAUCUGUUGUUCUGUCUUCACUUACAGUAAAAAAAAAAACAAAAAACAUAACAAGGGUUGUACAUUGUGUAAAAUACGCCAUAAAUAUGCAGUGUUGAAGAGUACGCAAGCGAAUAACUAAAGCCAUGCUGCCCCAGAGGCUGAGAGACUGCUGGCACCACAAACUGCUUGGGACGAACUUCAAAGGAGAAAGUCGAGCCUCAGAUAUAGAGAUUUAUAGACGCUGUGGUGAAAGAAGGAGAGAAAAAAAAUAAGAAUUUUGCUAAGAAUGUGCGCUAAUGCUAACCGAUUUUUUUUUGCCAACACUUUGUUGCCAUGGUAACACUUUUUUGUUGCCAUGGUAACUAUAGUUUGCCAUUAUAACUGUUUUUUUUUUGCCAUGGUAACCCUUUGCUGUCGUUUCACUUUUUGAGGGGAUGGUAAACUCUUUGUUUCCGUAGCAACCCUGUUGCCAUGAUAACCUUGUUGUUAGGAUACGUUUUUGUUGCUGUUGUCACAAUCAUGUUUUGUUGCCAUGGUAACUCUUUGUUACCAUAGUAACCCUUUUGUCAGGAUAGCAUUGUUGUCGUGAUUCUUCUUUGUUGCUAUGGUUGUCACAGUAACUUUUUUGUUGCUAUGGUAAUUUUUUGUUGUCAUGAUAACCUUUAUGUUAACUUUUUGUUGCCAUGAUAACUGUUUGUGCCAAUGGUAGCUUUUUUGUUGCCAUGGUAACUCUUUGUUGCUAGGAGCUUUAUGAUAAUCCAACAUGUUGCAGUGAUAAUUUCUACUAGCCAAAACAUUGAUAAUAACUAACAAGCAUCUAUUUUCAGUUUUCAGGAUUUUUUUAGUCAUUUUGUUGGCUUUUUUUUUGUUCAAAUUGGUUUUUAGGUUUGAAGUGAAGCACAAAAAAUUGAAUGAACGGACAACAAAGUGUUGGUGUCAUGGUGGUCCGGUUAAAACGCAGGGAAACUCAGUGUACUGUUUUUUUCUUGAACAGGAAGGUAAGUUGAUCCCAGUAGUUACCUGGCCAGGGUCAUCACCAUGAGAAAAGAACUCAGUCACACCGUCGUGACCUAGAUCAGGAAUGACAAACACACACUCUGGAAAAAAACAAGCUUACACACACACACACACACACACACACACACACACAAAGCAGCCCGGUGCCCCAUCUGAACAAUUCAGGUUAACUAAAAUCAAAUGACUUAAAUGAAGGCUGUAAUAAGUGAGAGAAAUAGGACACCACAUAAACAGCACACAGUGACCGCUGCCUUAAUACGAACCAGAAACAACAAAGAACGCAACAUGCAAAGCAUCACAGCACGUUCUUCCUCAGGUGUUGAGGCUGAUCUGAAAUUGAAAUGCCGAUCAGCUAAGACAGGUUAGGUGUGUAGUUUGCUUCUUCAUUUUUUGCACUGGAAACUACGAUGCUCGUCAUCACACUGUGUAAAUCCUCCUACAGCGGCGUCACACCGGUCGGCUUUGUGGAGUUGUUCAGUGUCUCAGACAGAACUGCUGAUGUGGUUUCUGACACAUUAUUAAAAGAAUAAACAUGGACAGAAAAAAAAAAAAGUUGCUGAACUAAAAUUGCGAAGCUGAAACAUAUUAAUGGGACGUCUAGAUUUUGACCAGAUUUAACGUAGAUAGGCUUUUUUUGUCCAAAUAUUUACAAAAGAUGACUAACAAGACUAUAACAUAAAUGUAAUAUAAGCUCGCAAAAAAUCUUAAAAAAAAAAACAAAACAAAAAAACACUGUAUUUGAAAGUACCGUUAAACAUUUAGUAGAUUUAGACAACAAAAACACGCCACCAAACCCAACUACGCUUGGUGUAUAUUUCCUUUUUGUCCAAGCUGUUCCUUUAACCCUAACGACUCUUGACAAGUUAAUGACGGCGUAUGUUACUAAUGAAGGUACAGAGCUGAACGAAAAAGAGAAACAGAUAUCCAGAGGCGUAGAAUUAUCUCAAGGUUUUAUGCUAGUGACACUUUUAAACCUUUUAAACGUCACACUUGUUGUCCAGUGUAAAGCGUUACUCGGCUCCGUGCCAUCUCUGACAGAGGAGCUAUUGAGUUAACGGGAAGUUAAAAAGACGUUUAGACUCAAGCGGCCCUUUUCAUGAUGAAUAGGAGAUGACAGGAGGCCUGUGUUAGGGGUCGAGGGUGUACGGUUCUCUUUUGAUUCUGACAGCGUGGAACGACUGGCCGUAAAUCCUCAGGAGACAGUCAAAGGAGAAGCGAUAAACCGGUCUGGCCUUAGGUUUUUUAUUUAAUUUCAAUCACCUGUUCUUCAGGUUUUACUUUUCAAAUCACUGGUGUGCUAAAAGGUCACUUGGUUCUAUUCCACAGAACGUAUUUACCUUUAAAGUACAUACAAACGAUUCAGUAACAUGGAGAUGGGUUUGGUGUUACUACAAGCCUAAUGUAGCUAACAAGAAAUGGAAGUUAGUCGAUUCAUCAGCGCAUCUUACAUUGUCGGAUUUGUCUGUAAUUUUUGUUGAAAAGUUUGCCUUGUGAACCUGGAGCAUAAUAAUAACUCUGAAAUAGUCUGAGAUACCAAUUAUAAAUCCAACUGGAAUACUCUCAGGCACUAAAACUAAAUCAGACAGGAAUACUCUGAGAUACUAAAACUAAAUCAGGCAGAAAUAUUCUGAGAUACUAAAACUAAAUCAGGAAGGAAUACUUUGAGAUACUAAAACUAAAUCAGGCAGGAAUAUUCUGAGAUAAUAAAAGUAAAUCAGACCGGAAUAAUCUGAGAUACUAAUAAUAAAUCAGGCAGGAAUACUCUGAGAUACUAAAACUAAAUCAGGCAGGAAUACUCUGAGAUAAUAAAAGUAAAUCAGACAGGAAUACUCUGAGAUACUAAAAAUAAAUCAGACAGGAAUACUCUGAGAUACUAAAACUAAAUCAGGCAGGAAUACUCUGAGACACGAAAAUAAAUUAGACAGGAAUAUUCUGAGAUAAUAAAGGUAAAUCAGACCGGAAUAAUCUGAGAUACUAAUAAUAAAUCAGGCAGGAAUACUCUGAGAUACUAAAACUAAAUCAGGCAGGAAUACUCUGAGAUAAUAAAAGUAAAUCAGACAGGAAUUAUCUGAGAUACUAAUAAAAAAUCAGACAGGAAUCUUCUGAGAUACUAAUAAAAAAUCAGACAGGAAUCUUCUGAGAUAGUAAUAAUAAAUCAGACAGGAAUACUCUGAGAUACUAAUAAUAAAUCAGACAGGAAUACUCUGAGAUACAAUAAUAAACCAAGCAGGAAUACUCUGAGAUACUAACAAUAUACUAAAACCAGUCUUAGACUUACAGUAGCAUAGUUGGUAGAAACAGACUAAAGGUGAAAGGAAAGAUGAAGGGAAAGCAGUUCAGUGGAAUGAUUUGCAGAGUCUAUACGGGAAAAUAAAUGGGAAAUUUCCGGAACCAAGGCUGCUGAAAAAGUGGAUGGUCACCGUUGAGUUCUAUAUAAUUGCUUUACCUAAAUCACCAGAUCAAUAGAUAAUCCCAUUAUUUCUGUAUCACAAAGGUAAAAUUACAUAAAACAAUAUUUUGUUUUAUUAUAUUCCGGAGACUGAAAGUGGAGUCUUCCGAUUCUUAAUGUUUAUUGUGUGCUUUCAGAGAACCAUGAAAAAUAUCUAGAAUAUUAUAAUAAUAAUAAUAUAUACUAUAUAUAUAUAACCUUGUUCCUUAUCAUUUACCUAAGCUAAUGUUAGCUAGCUCACAAAAAGACGUGUAUCUAAAUGACGCCAUUUUGGACUGCUGCAUUAAUAUCAGGUUUUUAAAAAAGUUUUGUCAUAUGUAAUAUAUGUAUUUAUCUAUCGAUCUGGCUUAUGAAUCAGCAACCUCUAUGGUUGGCUGCUUAACUAGCAUGCUAGCUACCGAUGAUAAAAUAUUAACAUAUUCAAUCCAACACACAGUUUAACAGCACACACAUUUGCAUAAUUACUCUCUAUGACACACAAGAAAAAUAUUGCACGCAGUACAGCCAUAUUUCUCUUUUAUUGACAGAAACGAUUUGAGUCUAAGAUGGCCGCCCUCAUAGCAUUCCAGUGCUAAGCUACACAGUGAACUUUAGUUGAUGUUUACGGAUGACAGGAAGUCCCACUGUGUCCUAAACCACAUCAGCAAGUCUGCUUAAAACAUUUUGGGUCAAACAGACUUCCAUUGUGUUAGCUACAUUAGCCUUGUAGCUAAUGUGAAGUGAUUUUUUUUCUCUACCUUUUUCUUUUAAUCCAGUGCAGGAAUAAUGAAGCAAAUGUCACACACCGGAGACUAUUUUUUUUUGGCCAAGACGCUUGACGCUUUUUUCACCAAAUUGUUCCUUUUAUCAGUAAAGGAAGCCGGGUUUCAGGAUUUCGUUUUAUUUUUAAAAAACUUUUUUAAGUGAGAUUUUCUUGACCAGUGAUGUUGUAAUAUAUGCAAACACACAAACACACUGUAUAAAUGUUUCACUUGUAAUGAAGGUGUUCCCUUUUUUGUAAGAGGGAGUUUCUAAUUUUCUUACUAAGAAGUGUAAUUAGAUUUUUCUUUUAUUUUCUUUGUUACUUAUUAUUAUUAUUGUUAUUAUUUUUUUUUUUUACCAGAUUAGGGUGUAGCACUUAAAACUAUAAAUAUAUCGAGUCUCACAAGUGCCUGAAAGAAACAUCAGGUUUGUGUUUUUGUUAAAAUAUCUUUGUUGUUUUGUACUUUACUGGAAAUUCACAUUUACUUCAAGUUCGAUUACUCAAUGAUGCGACACGGCGCAUGUCCAGAUUUCAUGAAAAACAGAAACUACUAGGUCAACAAGGGGCAGAGCUUAAAUUGAAAACAUAACAUCUCCAUGAAAACAUAAAAUACUGGUUUUAUUUACACACUUUAAUAAUUUAGUAAUGUUAGCUAAACUAGCCAGCUACCUAAAUGCAACACUACUCAACCCAGCACAACACAACCCAGCUAACUAGUGAGCUUUGCUAAUAUUAACAAAUGUUUGACCUGGUUUACUAGCUAACAUUAUGCUAAAUAUUAUAUUGUAUAGUCAAAACAUAAUAUACAAAGACAGUAACAAGCUAUUUCAUAGCAGGCUUGGUAACGGCAUAAGAUGUAUUGUGUUUAUAAGAAUAUGUAUUUAUAGUAUUGCUAAUUGCGUAAUAUGUAAUUAUACAUUAUGGAAGCUAGCUAUCGCAAAUUGGAGAUGUCGUACGAUCAGAUAUUUGAUUGGCUUAUUAAAUUUGUACUUAGCCCCGCCCCUUGUUGAUCGAGAGAUGCCUAUCAUUCUGUAAGGCCGUGGCUACUUCUGUCACAACAUUGUAAUUAAUCCUCUAUUUUUAUUUUUUUUUGCUGUUUGUUCUUGGAGCAGAGAUGCAUGUCGUAUAUGGUUUUUUUUUUUUUUUUUUUUUUUUUUUAUGGAAAAAAAUGGUCACACUGCUUUCUGACAAAAGCUUGUCUGUGGAUGUUGAAGAUAUUCCACACUGGUCUUGGUAUUACAGAUUAGAGGCAAAAAUCAUCGUUUUCGAUCUUGCACUUAUUUGAGUAGCAUGAUGGAGAUGAAGCGAAGGAGGUGAAGGAGGAGACACCAGGUGGCUUGUGGGUAAUUUAUCCUGGAAGUGUUCUGAGGGGGGAAAUAAUGUACAAAAUUCUGAAUGUUCCUUGUAUUUACUUCUAUGUACACUGUAUCAUAUAAAUGUGAAUUUGCUAGAAUUCUUGAAUAAAAUGGUCGAGAAACAAGGAAAUAAACUAAUUUGAGUUGCAGCACCAUA